UCUGUUGACUUGAACUCCACUACCUGAUCCCCUUUCCUUCUCAAUUCGCUUCUCGAUUGCUGAAGUUUCAGUAAUUUCCUUCUUCCCAAUUCCUUCUCCACUGAUUGCGAUCCAAGCCUUUGCUGUUUCGCCUCGAUCGCCAUGACUCUCUCCACGGUCUUGGGGCAAAUCCUCAACAAGAUAUGCAAUGCAGCUUCGUUCUACCUCGCCAGCCCUCAAUCUAGCGUCAAUUACUUGGGCAGAGCCGCGGAGCGAUUGACGGCCAAACUGGAAGACGUCAAUCAGGAAAUCGCUGAGGCUGAGCGCAACGGGCAAACCACCACCAAUGAAACUCGACUGUUGAAGCGCAAGGCCGAGGCGUUUGUAUCGGAGGUCGCCGCCAUCCAACGGGACUACGGAGCGAUGCGGUGCCUCGGAGGCUGGUCGUGGAAUUGCGUCUCCAUCAACCAGAGAGUCAGCGAGAGGAUGGAGGAGGUGAGUGAGUUGAUUAGCGGAGUGGAUGUUUCGAAGGUUGCCGCGAAGCUGCCUCCGCCGGCUGCCGUGGAGCUUCCCAUUUCAAAUAAUGUCGUCGGGAUGCGAUCGAAUCUGAUCCAGAUUGUGAACCAGAUUAGGGAUGAAAAUAACAGUGUUAUUGGCAUCUACGGCAUGGGGGGGAUAGGAAAGACUACGCUUUUGAAGCACAUCCACAACCAUGAAGACAUCUCCAAGCUCAAGUUUGAGCAUGUCGUCUGGAUCGUGGCCUCCCAAGGAUGCAAAUUACAAAAACUUCAGAUGGACCUGGCUAAGAAGGUAAGACUGAAAUUUGAAGAUGAUGAGAGUGAAGACGAUCGUGUUUCUAAGCUCUACAACUUCUUAAAACAAAAAAGUUGCUUGUUGUUUCUUGAUGACAUUUGGGAAUCCUAUGAUCUUGUUAAGUUGGGGAUGGAACAAGUACCUGCUGAGCAUGGCAAAGAGCAGAAGCGCAAGGUGGUAAUUUUCACGACGCGCAGCGAGCAAGUAUGCACUGAAAUGAGUGCUGACGUGAUAAAAAAAGUGGAAGGAUUGCCAUAUGAUCAAGCAUGGGAGCUCUUUCUUAAAAAUGCAGGUGAACAUGUAAUCAACAUAGAGCCAAGAAUUACUGGACUAGCAAAACAAAUUGCUGAAGAGUGUGCCGGUGUGCCCCUUGCUCUCAUCACCGUCGGCAAAGUCAUGUCCGCAAAGAGGUCAAUAGAAGCUUGGAAUGAAGUUCUCAGGCAACUGAAGAAAUCACAUAUGCCGAAAGUCACGGGUAUGAAAGAACGAGAUCCUAUGUUAGCCGCCUUUAAACUUAGUUAUGAUAAUCUGGAAGAUGACAAUAUGAGAGCUCGCCUGUUGUGCUGCUCUUUGUGGCCCGAAGAUUUUGAAAUUCAUAAAGUUGAACUAAUUCAGUGUUGGAUAGGCCUUGGUCUGAUUGAUGAGUUUGACUCGAUCAACGAAGCAUUCGAUCGAGGGCAUUUCCAUAUCGAGACUUUGGCAUCUGCAUGCUUGUUAGAGCUUAUUGAUGGAGAGAUACACACGACAAAGAUCAAGAUGCAUGAUGUGAUCCGGGACAUGGCUUUAUGGACGGCCUCGAAUUAGGGAUCCAAUCAACAUAGAUGGAUUGUUAUAGCACGGGCUGGAUUGAGACAGUUGGAACUAAAGAAUGAGGAAUGUCAAGUGGUAGAACGAGCAUCAUUCAUGCAUAACCUAUUAGAUUAUUUGCCAGAGCAGACUGCAACUUUUCCAGAACUUUCAGUGCUUAUGCUCCAACAGAAUAAAUUGCUAAACUUAAUUCCUAAGUCAUUUUUCUCGUCUUUGCCUGCUUUGACAUUCUUGGAUCUCUCAGGUACAAAUAUCAGAAAGCUUCCAAGCGAUAUCAACAUGUUAUCUGAACUCCAAUAUCUAAACUUGAGUUUCACCCGAGUUGAAGCAUUGCCAGUAGAGUUGAGUGGCCUUGUUAAACUCAAGUAUUUGCUUCUAGAAAAAACUAAGAGUCUUGUCCAGGUACCCAAGGGAACAAUAUCCAACUUACGUUUACUAAAAUUGUUGAAUUUAUACCAGAGCAAGUAUGCUGAUUUGGAUGAGCUAAAGGGUUUUCCAGGAUGUCGGAAAAAUAUUGGAAUUACCCUGCACUCAAUGACAAAUCUUGAACGAUUGGGUUUUCUAUCACAAUUAUCUACAUGGAAACUCCAACUACAAAACUUGAGAGACUUGGCUUAUCCAAGCCAACUAUUUGAGAACAUCAUGAGUAGCCAUAACACAAGGCGCGACCUAGAACGACUAGAGAUCGUAAAUGUCAGGACAGGUGGUGAAUUAACAGUUGCUCGGAGCAAGGAUCAUAAAGAAGGCCUUAAAUGUUUGAGGUAUAUGACACUUAAAAAUGUCCACUAUUUGCGAGAAAUCACUUGGAAAGCAGUUGAGCCUCAAACGAUAUUUCCUAAUCUCCACGAAUUGACUAUUGAUAAAUGCAACAAGUUGAUAAAUAUCACUUGGGUUCUUCACCUACCAAACCUCAGUGUCUUGAAAGUAUCAAAUUGUGAUGAGAUGAAAGAAUUGAUAAGUUGUGUUGAAAGUUCCGUCAACUCUAGCAUUGGCUUACGCUUACUGUCUUUGGAUGGAUUGCCUAAAUUGAAUUGUAUCUCACGGCAGCCACUAACAUUCCCCUACUUGGUGCGGAUAGAUGUGAUCUCAUGCUAUAAAAUCAGAAAGCUACCGUUUGGAGCUGAAAUCUGUCAGCAUAAAUUGAAACGUAUUAUUUGUGAUGAGGAUUGGUGGGAAAUGAUCCAGUGGGAGAAUGUUAACGAUAAGAAUUCUCUCACCCCCUAUUUCAAGUUGAUUAAUUCGUUUUAUUCCCGGAGUGAUUAUGAGUAUGACUGUGUGGAGCCAGGGCGAAAGAAAAGACGUUAUGACUUGGAUUCGUUCGAUCCUGCCUGGGAUUCGUUCGAUCGUGAGGAUUCGUUCGAUCCUGAGGAUCUGUUAGAUCUUGCUUGGGAUCCGUUAGAUCUAUAGACGUAUGACUGUGCGGAGCCUGGGCGAAAGGUAAGACGUUGGAUAUGAAGGGUGCCUCUGGACUAAAAAUCCAGGUAGGCUAAAGACGUUGGAUUCGUCGAUAUAUUUAUUUAUUUUUUUCAUUUCAUUCCCCAUAGUUCAGAAUAUUACGUUUUGUAUUGGCAUUUCGUCGUACAUAUUCUGCGCAGGCAACAACAAGGGGCCGAAGCUGAUCUUCGUGCAACAAGGAGGUCCUAGGUUCGAUUUGAAGGACCUGCUGACCGGUGGGCCGUCGGUGGUGGUAAAUAUUAGGUACAAGGACAUGAGCUGACUGGUGGGUCUUCGUUCCAGUGAUGAACCAAGCUUCUGCUUUCUUGAUUCUGUAUAUUAUGAACUACAUCCUUAAUGUUUCACAUCAUGUAUGUUCAUAGUCGACAUCAUUCUCAUAGUUUCUUUAUGGUUUAAAUUGGAUAUUCUAGCGACAAAUAUUGCAGAAACCUCUGUAACAAUUCCUUGUAUUAAGUAUGUUAUAGAUGUUGGGUUGGUCAAUGCUCAUUCUUACA